AUGUUUAAUAUUGAUGAUGAUUUGAAGUUGGUUAUAUUGGACUAUCAUAACUAUCAUCAAUGUGUAUCAUUGGACCAUACAUUAAUCACCACUUGGAACUAUUUUCAUUCCGUAAUUCCUCAACUAACUCUAGAGAGUCUCAAGUCCAUCAUCAACAGUCAAGACAUAAUACGGAAAAACGCGGUAAAUCAAGUGAAUUAUCAUCUGUUGAUUGAAUAUUUGGUCAAGCUUUAUAACCCUGGCUGUGAUCUAGACAAAGUCCUUAAUUUAAUCGAGCAUUUCCAACAGGUAUUCCAAGAUGAUUUACCUGAAUUUGAUCCAGCCCUGGUCCUUGCAUUUGUUGAUCUAUUGUAUGUUCAUUAUCAUUGUGAUACGUGUUCAAAUUUAGAAGAACAGUUGAGUAAACUAUAUGGGAAAUUCGAACAAUACACGUGGAACAAUACCUUUUAUGUCAGCGAAUUGAAUUUACCAAUCGGUGAUGAUAUUGCCUCAAUAUCCGUGAUUGGGAACUUGACCGGGACCGAGUUCCUAGACCCGUAUGUUGUUUCUAGUAGCUAUUCCAAUCUGUUCAACUAUUUUCCCACUGGUAUGUUUAAUCCUUAUCAAUUUUACAUAUAUUUGUUACGAAUGAAUUUUGAGUUUCAAUUACAACAACGAAAAGUGUUAAUCAUAUGUCCUAACAAUUGCCGAUUGGCAAAACUUGAAUUCACCAAUAUUGAGAUAUUUUACGUCGAUACGAUGUUUGACAAAUUCUAUACACAAGAAUAUUUGAGAUUUCCUGAUGAGUUUGGAGCGAAAGAUUGGAUAUAUCAGCAAUUAACCAAGAGUGUCGUUGGUGCAACAAGUAUAGCUAUUCCUAGUUUGUUGUACCAGUACAACAAUAUCAGAGACCAGUUAUUGCAUGAUCCUGUAAUUAACCAGUUCCACCAGUUGAACAUCCAAUUGUCUGGAUUUCUUCCUGGUUCUUCUUUCAAUUGUCAGCCUACUGUUGAAAGGAUUAUAUUUAAUAACAACAAGUUCACUCUUGAUAAUGAAACACCCAGUGAAGCUCCAAUCCUUGAUUAUCAUUACCGAAUUGAAAAUGUAUAUUACAUCAUUGGUAAGCUAGCUAAGUUCAAGACAUUACCUGACCAACCAUCAACUACAAAUUUGGAUUCUAUAGUUCCAUUUUUCACCCAAAAGCUUUUUCCAAUGUUAAUUUCUGAUAAGUGUGGCUUAUACCAUCCUUUUGCACUAUUAUUUAACGAAUUGUUACAAUCGUAUGAUUAUUCUAAUGAGCAUGUCAGCUCAUUAUUUCCCCAGUUUAACCAUAGCUUUUGCACAGAAGAGCAGAUGAGAUUAUAUACUGCGGGAAUCAAUAUUGACCAAGAAUUACGAGGUGAUGAUACAGGUAUUAUUAGACCAGCCUUGACAUCUGUAUUUUCAAAUCCUCAACUUAUUACAAACCAAGAAGCGCCAGCUCCUCAAUCAGCAUUGCCUUCCAAUACAAUUCCACAAUCACCGGCACCAGAAUUACCACCACCAACUACUCAAGAAUCUCAAGGAUCUGAAUUACCACCACCUGUUCCUUCACCAACUAAGCGAAAAUGUUCAAUGACAGAUGAGAAUGGAAUUGUGAAAAAGUCCAAGAUUUUGGAAAGAUUACAGCGGGAUAAAUUGAACUUUGUCAGUAUAUUUGACGAUGAAGAUGAAGAUGUUGAGGAUUCAUUUGACUCUAAGAUCCAAAGAUUUAAGUAUACUCCUAAUUCAAAUGGUGCCACUAGGGAUAACUCGACUACACAAACAAGUCAAUUGAGAGUUGAGUCUAACAUAGUUAAUCAGGCCCAAUCGACACCAGAACCAUUGGACCUUUCUCCAAAUAAAAAUAUUUUACUGGAACAGUCAAUAGAGAAAGCGGGUAGUUCCUCGGAAGAAGAUGAUGAUAGUGAUUCAUAUGAAAGUUCUAGUGAAGAAGAAGCAAACCAUUCGGAAUAUGUUGAAUCUGAUGUUGAUGUACCUGUGACAGUCACUAAACCAAGAUCAACUAGAAAUCUGGUUACACCACCUGUAACUAUACAUCCAUCACAAUUUUAUAAAACUCUGGCACCAGCACCGCAGGUGAACUUUAGCAAGCUGAUAGAAAUGGAUGAUGUUUCUGGUGAGGUAGACAGUGAUGAUUCGGAUUCUGUUGUAUAUAGGCCUGUCAGCAUGAGUUCUCCUGUGCCAAUAGAAGAUGAGGAAUAUAGUGAGGAUGAAGAAAAUGCAGAAGAGCAAGAAGAUGUUGGGGAGGAACAAGCGGACAUCAUACCACAUGAUAGAGAAUCGCGUGAAAAUAAAGAAGACGCUGAACUGGAAGAGGAUGGUGGAGAUGAAGACGAAGGAGAUGAAAAAGUCGAACAAGAACAAGAAGAAGCAGAGAAAGUAGAAGAUGAGCUUGAGCCAAUGGACAUGGAAGAAGUUAUAUUUGAGAAAGAGAAUAUAGAAGAGGACAACAUGGAAAAAGACAAUAUAGAACAAAUACAAGCAAAGGAAGAUGAAAUAGAGAAAUCUAAUAUAGAAGACAUCAUAAUAGAAGAACUAGAGGUUGAACAAAUUGAGGAACGUGCAGAAAUGAAGAAGGAAAUCUACAAGCAAGCCAAAUUAUUUGAUAGGAACCUGUCUGAAGAAGAAGAGUCAAGUGGAGAACUGUCAGAAGAAGAUUCUGAUGAAGAACUGUCAGAAGAGGAGCUGGAAGAAGAACUGUCAAAGGAAGUACAGAAAGAAGAUAGACCACAGCAACAACUACCAUUGGAUAUUAAACAUGCUAAUGAAGAGCAAGUGAUGGAUCAACCAAUUCAAAUAGUCCAAAAACAAGAAGAAAGUGAAGACGAAAGCCUGGGUAGUAGUUCCCAUGAAUCAAGUGAUGAUGAUGAAUCUAGUUCUACUGAGUCAAUUGCAGAAGAAGUUAUUGAAACUGCUACUGCAACCACCAAUGCAAAUGACAAGUCUAAUGAUAUGGAAGUUGAUGAAAAUGAAUCCAACAGUUCAUCAAGUGAGUCAUCCAGUGAAGAAGAAUCGUCUAGUGAAGAAUCAUCAGGUGAAGAGUCGUCUAGUGAUAGCGAGGAUGAAGUUGAAGAGGUUAAAGAAAAAAAACAACCGCAAUUUAUCCAAGUUAAAACAGUUGCUGAAACGUUAAAGACACAACUGCCUGUUCCUAUUCGAAGAAUGAUGCCGUCAUUGUCAGAUGUCAAACUCCCAUCAACUACCAUUGAAUCAAAAUCAAGUCCAGUUAGACAGCAAUCAAGUCCUACAAAGUCAAAGUUUAAAUUAUCUAAUGAUUCAGAUAGUGAAAGUGAGAGUGAGAGUGAGAGUGAAAGUGAGAGUGAGAGUGAAAGCGAAAGCGAAACUGAUUCUGAUUCUGAUAGCUCAAAUGAAAGGCAUACCGAAAAUGAGACUAAACCUAAGAACAUAGAAAACAAGAGUAGCAGUAGCAGCGAGAGUUCCGAUAAUGAUAGCGAGAGUUCCGAUCAUGACAAUAAUAGUGAAAAUGAUAUGCCUGGACAUACGGAGCCGGCGGUUAAACUAAACGAGCAAAUUAAAGUUUCUGCUUCGCAACCAACCAAAGUUGUGAAAAACAAUCAAGCUGAAGGCGGUGGCGGAUCCAAGCGAAACAUUUCCCCUAUUAUUGAUACCUCGGAUUCGAGUGAUGAUUCAGACACUGACUCCGACGGUUCCAUCGGCUUUUAA